AUGGGUCGCGUCCGCACGAAGACGGUGAAGAAAUCCUCUCGUCUGGUGAUCGAGAAGUACUACUCGCGAAUGACGCUUGAUUUCCACACCAACAAGAAGAUCCUGGAAGAGGUCGCAAUCAUCCCUUCGAAGAGGCUCCGCAACAAGAUCGCCGGAUUCUCAACCCAUCUCAUGAAGAGGAUCCAAAAAGGACCUGUCCGUGGAAUCUCCCUCAAGCUCCAGGAGGAAGAGCGUGAGCGCCGCAUGGACUUUGUCCCCGACGAAUCCGCCAUUAAAACCGAUUUUAUCUUUGUCGACAACAAGACGUUCGACAUGCUUGCCACUUUGGGAAUGUCCAGUUUGGCAGGUAUCCAGAAAUGGUCCUGUUAA